ACACGCGCAUGCGCACAGAGAGACGAGAGAAAAAGAGAGACCCUCACACCGCGGGGCUGCUGAUUCAGCUCGGAGUCAGGAGCUCGGAAACCCGUCAGUAAUCGUCAGCAGAAUGGCUGAGAAAGACACAAGAGAGCGAGAGUUGGCUUGUAAGAAAAUGAAAAGGACUCUCUCGUAUGAAGACCCAAAAAAAUGCAGAAAGAAACAAAAAAAAAAGAAAUUGAAAAAGGAAAAGCUAAAUAAGAAGAAACUGAGGACAAAGGGACAGCAAUGGGUGAAGGAAGAUGCUGACUGCUGUGAGUCUGUCAGUUUUACACAAAUGCCUGAGAUGAAGAAGAAAACAAAGAAAAAAAAGAAUAUCAAACUGCAUGAAGAUUGUCCACUGCUGGUGACGCAGUGUAAGAAAUCAAAUGUCUCAAAGUGUCACAAGCAGCCUAAAGACAAUAAUCAUGCAAUGGGGGCACAUAAAUUCAAGUCACCAGAUGAGCCCACAACGCCAGCUUUGGAAGAAAAACAUCAAAGCACAUCAGCACUUGGAGAAAAUGUCUGGCACAAGAAAACAGUCAAGUUCAAAUUAUCACCUGAAGAGAUCCUGAAUACCUCAAAACAAUAUCCUACAUUUCACACACAGCCUUACUUGACAGAUAAAUCACACACUCCUAUCACUGAGAACAGCCACAACCGAUCAACUUUUGAAGAAAAGAGUGCAGAGAUCCAAAUUACACCUGAAUACAUCAACAGCCAAGAUUUGUUCAUCACACAGAAGUUCUUCUCUGAGCUGCAUGAAGACAUCUCCAGAAGCCCCAGCACUGAUGAGGGUGUUGCUGUUCCACCAUACCAGAACAACAUAAAGUACAGACAAGCAUCACAGGAGACCCCAUCAUGCAAGCAGACGGCUGAAGCUUCUGUUCAAACUGAAAACUUCUUCACUUCUCCGGGGCUUGCUGGCUCUCUCAGGUUUCAUCAUAAGAGCAGAGCAUCCAUAUGUACUGAAGAACCGAUAGACUUGAGCCUACCCAAAAGAACCAGGCAAGAAGUGCACCUAGAUCAGUGCAUCAGUAAACCAGUGGAACAUCAGAGUUGUUCAGAGCUAAAGAUAACAGAUCUGACUUCAAGUGAUGAGAGUGACAUUCCUUUAAAGAGCAGAGCAGACCUAUCUCAUUUGAAGGUGAUUCAGACACGGCUCAAUGAGUCCUUCUUCUUCAGGGUGAAGGGAGAAGGAGAAUCGCCAAAGGCAAGGUCACCUUUGAUGAUGUUGACUGGAAGUGCUGAUAAGAAGCUAAAGAAGUGAACCUGAUUUAUGAAAAGAAUUAUAGUGAAAGCAUCUGGAACUGUUUGUUAGGAUUAGCAAUACAGGUUCUUUUUGUUCUCUUUAGUGUGUUCACUGUAUAAUAUAUAUGCACACAUACAUUUAUCGUUGCUGUGGUGCAUUUUUUUUUGUUGCUGUUUUUCACUUUUUGACAUAAUUUAAACCUGGCCGUUAUUUACAUUGUGGCACAUUUUCACAAAUAUUGGACAAAUAAAAUGCUCCAAAAUGUCUUUGAA